AUGGGUUCGCUCUCCUCGUCCUCGUCCUCCUCCGUGGCAACUGAUGCUGGUCCAGCGGCGGCGCAAACAGACGCACAGAAGGUGACGCGUGUCGACUCGCUCUACAGCCCGCACGAUGUCUGCGAGGCCGCCGUAGACUACGUUCUGCGCCACGUGAACACGGUUCAGUACAUGAUUCAGAGUAUUGAAGAGAUCACCGGCAAGCCCUUCCUGCGCGACCGCAUCAAGUGCCUACCCGUUGUCCCACGUGGUGAGGCCUCUUGUAACCCCGCGAUAGGACUUACCCCAGAUCGAGUGUUUGCGGGGUAUAUGUGGCGCAGUGCUCGCUCCGACUGCCAGGCCAAAGAUGUCGUGCUACUGGAGGAUCACAUUACUCGUCUUUUCAACACAAAGCACGCAGCGGCAUUCUUAAGGAAGGACAAGGGGGUCAACGAGCGCGCGGCCUCGUCAGCGACGACAUCGGAUGCCACUGCGGCGGCGGCAUCUUCGCCAUCCGCAACCACCACGCCAUCACAGCUGCAGCGCCUCCUCGCUGGAUCGCAGCUGCCGGUGCUGGAGCAGGUGGAGCGCAACAUACGCCAUGAGCUUGUCCAUGCCUUCGAUGAUGCUCGAGGUGUGAUUGAAAGCUCCGACUGCGUGCAUCAGGCCUGCAGCGAGAUUCGCGCGGCACGUCUUAGCGGUGACUGUUUUGUCGGCCAAGAGAUGCGGAAGGGGCGCUUCAACUUCUUCGAGGGUGGGCAGAAGUGCGUUCGCCGCCGUGCCGUCAUGGCGGUCGAUCGCAAUCCAGUGUGUCGCGGCUUCUCUGAGCGCGCGGUGGACACGGUGUUUCAGAAGUGCUACUCCGACUACGAGCCCUUCGCAGCACCCAUCUAUGCACUUGGGAGCUACGGCGACAGUCAGUUCGCAAAUGGCACGCUGAAGCUGUGA